AUGCGAGUUGAUGCCAACUCGCAAUCUGAUGGCAUCCAGUUCUACAGGCCAGCACGAGACGCCAGCGGAGAUGGAUUCGUGCUGGUCGUCAUAAAUCCAACGCAGAAAGAGUGGCUCCGAAAGCAUGGACAGAGGGCGUUAUGUGUGGACGAUACGUUCAAUCUAACGUCUUAUUUGCUGAGACUAACCACUGUAAUUGUCGCGGAUGAAUGGGAUAGAGCUCCAGCAGCAUACCUCCUCUCUUAUAGCAAAGUGUUUCCAUCGUCAAAGACUAAACGGUUAUGCUUAUGGCACGUACAGCAAGCCAUGAAGAAGAAUGCUAAUGCGAAACUCGUCAACGUAAGUAGCCUUCGUCUGACUCCAAUUGCUUGUAGCUGGAAUGGACAGGAAGUAGCUGGAAAAGCUGGAAUACUACUCAAUCAGCGUGACCUCUGCGAGCCGUUCCUCAGGAAAGUACGAUACAUCUGUCUUGUUCGCGAAGGAAAUGUCGUCGUAACACAAGACACAUGA